UAUUCCUAUCCACUUCCUAUCCUAUUCGUAUUGUGCAGACUGCAAACUGUUAUAAAUCUUAUUUCCUAAAUAUUGAGAAUAAUCUAGAUUCUGUAGAUCUAUAGAUUAGUUUUUUACGUUAAAAGUGCCGUGAUCUCAUAGUAAAAGCUACUAGUUAUGUUGAUAGGAAAGUGAUAACAGAAACGCUGAGUUUGAUAAGUGCAAAAAUAUUGUUUGCAUUUGAUAAUGGCUAAUAAUCGUAUACCUUCGGGGCCUAACACACCUGGUAGUCAACAAACACCUACACAGCAGGGCAUUAAGAUAUUUAUUCAAAGAGACUAUUCUGAAGGAACAGCUGUUAAGUUUCAAACAAGAUUUCCACCUGAAUUGGAAGAUAGAGUAGACAGACAAACAUUUGAAUACACAAUAGAGAAAUUGAAUGAACAUUUUGAGAUGGCUGAAACCGCUGACUGUAGCACAUACUGCGAAGGUUGCUUAGCUUGUCUCACUGCAUAUUUCAUAUAUAUCUGCACAGAAACACACUAUGAAAAGCAUUUAAGGAAAAUAUCAAAAUUCAUCUCAACACAGAACGAGAGAGUAUACAAUCCCCGGGGCAUUCAUUUGACAGACCCAAUACUGCGUGGCCUGCGAGUCAUAGAAAUAACAAUAAUAGAUGUUGCCAACUGCCAAAGCCCAACAGGCAAUUCCACGGCAACUCAACUGCGGCACACCUGACCACCACAAGAAAACCGGGAGUUCUUCAUGUAACAAAAGUAUUGGUUUUAAAUAUAUGGUGCUCUGUUGUGUCUCUUCAUCGCGAAGAGAUGACACAUUGACAUUUCCGUGACGCGGUUGUAUUUAAGUUAGAUAGUGUUACUAUUUAGAGUGAGUGAGUUUCGAGUUUUUUAUAUAUUUAGUACUGGGAUAUUUGUUUAGUGUACGAUUUUGUAAUAAAUAAUUAGUUUAGUAUGAAAUGGAAACAAUUUAGCAUGCAACGUGUAUUUCCUCUGUCACAGCACUGACCUGUAAUAAAUACCACUGGACAAUCUGUUCCAUAUUAUGUUUGACAGCAAAGUUUUUGUGCCUAUUUGAAGCGCCACUCGCGAGCGUCCAGAGAACUAAUUUUGACGUGUAAUACAAAUGGCUGCGAAAGAACCGUAUAGUACUCUGGAGUAUUUUUGCAUUUUGAAUUAAUUUCGUUCGUUUCCGUGUUAUUUAUACUUCAAGAAUCAACGUAAUAAAGCACACAAAUAUUUUUUUUUGUAAUAAGUUUCUUACAAUCUAUUGAGUUUUGUCUAGCUGAGGUUGUCAUCAUUAGUUUUAGUACCGCAGACUCUCGCUACAUGGUCAAGAGCGCCAAAAUUGUGAAUAUAAAACAGGCACAAAAGCACAUUGACAACCACCAGUCCAGUGGUAUAUAGUAGAGGUCAGUGUGUCACAGAAUCUAUAGGAGUUGCCAUCUUGAAAAAUCCUGAAUAAUGUGUAACUAGAAGGAGCGAUUUGUUUAAAUAUUAAUAUCAUCUUUUAUUUCUGAUACUAAUGCAGUUAGAUAAAACAUAAACAUAUUUAAAAAAAUCAUGUCAAUAAACUUUUUAAGUUAUCAGACGCCAUAUUGAAUUACUUGACGAAAAUUUUAUUAUAAUAUGUUCUUUAAAUAUUAAAGUUAAUAACAUGUUUGACUUAUUAUAACGACACACAAAAUAUUAUUAAAGUGAAACAUUUAUUGCAUUGCCUUAAAUUUUUUCGUCCAUCUAUCGCAUGUUGCAUAACAGCCGGUCGCGUAGUAGGGAUGAAGUUGAAUCAUUAAUUUCUACUACUGCUUUUAAGUCAUGUUCGCCUAGUAGUUUCAGGGCGCAAGAUUUAGAAGAUUCAAAGAUAUUUAUUUUACCCGUAGGACACAAAGUCCCACUUUGGUAUGUCAAUUGAAUUUUAAAUAUUUUAAUCACUUAUUAAACGUCAAAAACUACCACCCAUUCAAAAUAGGUUAAAGUUCCGCGAUGACGAAAGUUUCAUCAUCAUCAUCAUCAUUAGCCGGACGACGUCCACUACUGGACAAAGGCCUCCCCCAAUCCACGACUUAGCCCUCAUCCAACGUAUUCCGGCGAUUCUGCACAGGUCGUCGGAGAUCGAAUCAGAAAUGAAGAGAUCCGUAGGAGGACCAAAGUUACCGACAUAGUCCAAAUGAGUGCGAAACUGAAGUAGCAGUGAUUAGGGCACAUAGUUCGACAGACAGAUGGCCGUUGGAGCAGUAAAGUCCUCGAAUGUCGACCACGUACCGGAAGACGCAGUGUUGGUAGGCCCCCCACAAGAUGGACGAAAGUUUAAGUGAACAAAAUUAUAAUAAAGAAUGGCUUAAAGCUUCCAAAGUGGCUGAUGAAACGGAUAAAUUUUAAUAAUAGAACUGUAUUUGUUUUAUGUUUUUUCUUUCAAGUAUCUGCUCACGGCGUUAAUGAGAUUUGAUGUUAAGAUGUGACUUUUUAUUAAAACGAGGGCGGCACUGAAAAUUUCGGGAAUCAAGGAAGUGACACAACAUUACUAUUUAAAAAUGUAUUUAUUGCUUUUCGAAGUAUUCUCCGCGAAAUUUGACACAUUUUUCCAUACGAUGGAACCAAUCAUUGAGGCAACCAUUCCAUUCGGAAGUUGGGGUCUCCAAAAUGGCCGUUUUGUAGGUGUCCACAGCUUCUUCAGGUGAUGAAAACCUCUGACCACGCAAUUUAUUCUUUAUUUUAGGGAAAGUAUAGAAAUCAUUAGGGCUUAGGUCGGGGCUGUACGGCGGAUGGUCUAAUAAUUCUGUAUUUUCUUGCUCUAAAAACUCUUUUGUUCUGUGCGCGGUGUGAGAUCUCGCAUUGUCGUGAUGAAAGUUGAUGCGGCGGUUGCAGUUCUCUUUACGGAGUUCACAAACGACCUGUGGCAAACAAAUGCUAGCAUACCAUUCUGCAGUAACCGUUCUUUGUCCCUCAAGAGGAAUAGUCGCAAGAUGGCCGGUUUUGGAGACAAACGUGGCCACCAUUUUUUUUGCAACACUCCGUGAACGAACAAUUUUUGUUGACUUUAACUCAUUUUCGAACACCCAAACUCGUGACUGGCUUUUGUUUCGGGUUCAUACGCGUAUAUCCAGGAUUCGUCACCUGAUACGAUGUUGUAUACAGCAUAUGAGGAUCCUGCGUGGAAUCUUUCGAGAGUUCUGAUGCACCAAGUAACGCGAGCCGCUUUUUGCUCUUCACAGAGCAAAUGCGGUAUCCAUCGGGAAUACAAUUUUUUUACACCUAAUUGUUCAUGCAAGAUUAUUUGUAUUUGACUCAUGCCAAUGUCUAAAGUUGCCUGAAUUUCGCGGUAUGUCACAUGUCGAUCUUCCUCAAUCAGCUUACGCACAGCAUCAACGUUUUCUUUGGUGACUGCAGUUUUUGGACGACCUUGAUGGGGAUCAUCACUGAGCUUGACACGUCCACGUUGAAAUUCAGCAAACCAGCGAUAAAUUGUGGUUUUGGAUGGGGCUUCAUCACCAAAUGCAGAAAUCAUCCGGUCAACACACUGGUUUUGUGUUAAACCACUUCGAAAGUCAUAAUAAAUCAUCGCUCUAGAAUUUUCUCGAGUCAAUUCCAUUUUCUCAACGACUAAACAAGUUUGAAAAGACCUUGUGACAAAACCGAGAAUCUUUUUUUAAAUAAAUAAAUAUUAUUCGAUUUUUAAAACCAAGGAGUUUUCAAUUAAAAGGAUUUUAAUAUGACAGGAACAGUGGAAAUAUUCCAUUCCAGAUACUUUUAGUGCAGCCCUCGUAAUACUUUGAUGGAUAUUUCUUAGGGGUUAUGUCACUUCUAUGUAUAUUAUAUAACCAAUGCGGUUAUGUUUUUAUAUUAUUAUAGUGCAUGUAUUAAUUCUUUCCGAAAAAAGUUAUUUACUAUUUUUCACAAAUAAACGUGAAAUCAAAAUUUUAUGAAUGAUGCGAGACUCGAACCCACGACCUCUGGCGUUCCGUGCCAGUGCUCUGCCAACUGAGCUAAUCGUUCCAGUCCCGCAUCGUUCAUAAAAUAUUGUUUUCACUUUUAUUUGUGUAAUUUAUUCCAGAAGUGAGGGUUAUCACUUUUAAACAUAACAAAUUGUUUAGAUUUACUGUUUUAGUUUUACUUUAUAGAUUAUGUUGACUGAUAUCAUGUUCGUUGGAAUAAAUAUAUACUCGAUUUAGGAUUGUGUUAUAAACUUACAGAUUUAUUACAUCUGAUAUCUGAAGGUUACGCAAUCGCUGUACGAGAAGAGUGGAAGUGAAACGAUAUGAGAAGAGAUUGCUGUGUUCUCUGACCAGCUUGUAUAUUUUGUUCCAAUGAAACCGUAUCAGUGACAAGCUUUGAAGAAUUAUGUACAGUUAUCGCGCGAGUUGAAUGCAGUCGGGUCUUGAGGUAAAGAGCGCAAACAUCUCCCCCCGCUUGCCGAACGCCUCACGUCGCGCGUCUAGUGAUGUGCCGUAGUCGUCGCUUACCGUGUUAUUGCGUUAAUACAAAAAUUGCCAUCCCGUGUUACUUUUUUGAUUUUAAUAAUGACUGAUCCGAUUCUAUCCGGUUGCGUUCAUAAAAAAAAUUGCCUUAGGGGAGAGUCUUCGCUAAUGACAAAGCUUAAAAAUCAAAUAGUUAAACUGUAAAAAUACUUCACGGCUGAGAUUCGAUCCAUCGACCUCGCGGUGUUUCGGCUUCGCAAUCACUAUGAUCAACCAUGAAUCAACUAUGAAUUUCAAUGAGUGUGUUACGAAUUUUCGAUCGUGUCCUGACGCGAGUUUAACUUUUUAUACCCAUCCUAAGAAAAGUGCUCAACGCCGCUAAAGAAGUUUUCACUUCAAAAAACGAGUUUUUAGUCACCGCCAAGCACAAGAAAUGGGGAAAAAUGGAUUACACAUGUGUGUUGAAGAAAGUCAGAACAAAAAUUUGAGAUAUAAUUAUUAGGUUAAAAUGGUAAACUUAAAAUUGUUUAAAUUUAUCGUCACUCUCAUGAUUAUGGUCAUAAAUAUAAAUAUCCUUAAACGAACGAAUUCAAAAUCUAAAUUCAAAAUUCAAAUUCAAAAACACUUUAUUCAUGUAGGUCACGGAAAUGACACUUAUGAAUUUCAAAAAAAAAAAUUUUUUUUUUUCUAAUUGAAUUUACCGCUACUUCGUAAAGGGUUGAGCUAAUGAGAAGAAGUACUCAAAUGUCAAAAACUGAAAGGCUUACACGAGUAAGUCAAAAAAAGAAAAAAAAAGUAUAUUAAUACUUAUAAUCACAAGAGUUAUUGAGUAUAGUAGAUGCAUCAAUCCACACAUACCGUAAAUAAAUAGAGGCAUUAUGUGAGCAUUUCAUAAAAUAAAAUAUAUAAUAACUUUAAUUUUAAAGGAAAUAAUGAUAAUAAAAAACACAUCAAGCAGACCUCCCGGUAACAAGACCAUCCUACCACGAGCUACCACGAGUAGCACCCGUUCACGAGCAUAAAGUUUAAUGCAUCAAAUAUGCGAUAAUUUUUAUUUAUACAGUUUAUGCUUCAUUACUUUAUAUGAAAUAAUUUAUAUUAUUUAAACAUGAUUCAUAUAUUGGAUGCAGCAAGAGUGGCCGUUGUGUUUCUUGUGUGUUCUUCUCACGAGCUCAACUUUUUUUUCUCGAAUAUAUGGUAGGUUCAGUAAUUUAAAAUAUAUUUAUAGCGACGAUUCCAAAGCGUUUAAUUUAAGCCUAAUAGAAUAAAGUUUAUUUGACUUUGACUUUGACAAUUCUAAUUAGGUCACAUCACUAUCGCAUUCCUGCAUUCUGCAUUCACCUCGCGAGAUAUCUGUAUGUAAGUAAGUAUAUAAGCAAUUUGAUUUAUACGCCAUUGUGGCCAUGGCUAAUAGACUUUAAACAAUUUGUUAUGUUUUUUAAAGUGAUAACCCUCACUUCUAGGAUUAAUACACAAAUAAAAUAUGAAAACAAAAUUUUAUGAACGAUGCGGGACUCGGAUCCUCUCGCGUUCCGUGCGAGUGCUCUUCCAACUGAACUAACCGUUCGAGUGACAUACGAUACCGUCAUAAAAUUUUGUAGUAGUUGUAUGCUGUCCCAACCGGAUCGGUUGGCAGAGCACUGGCAUGGAACGCGAGAGGUCGUGGGUUCGAGUCCCGCAUCGUUUAUAAAAUUUUGUUUUCGAAUUUUAUUUGUGUAUUUAUCCUAGACAGUCUGUAAAUUUAAUUUGAUAACAUAAUAUAUAAUAUUUAUAAUUAUUUUAGCAAUUUUAUACUUUGGAUAUUGUAGAUUUAUAGAUAUUGUUAAUAUAGUUGUUAUUUGUGCCGCAGUGGUGAGCUGGUAGUUUGUAUAUAAUGAUAGAUUUGUUAUCAAGAAUAUAUGUUUCGAAUAAGUGAAUAUGUUGUGAAGUAUGUACUAGGCAUGAAUAUUAAAUAUUUGAAUAUUGUAUUUAUA